CACAGCCAGAUGCCACAGCCAGCAGCCCAGCUUUGACUGCCCUGGCACCUCGGGUACCCUGUCCACUGACUGUAAACCAAGCCCCAGCUCAGCUCCAGACACUCACAACGUCCCUGGCAGCGCCAUGAGCCUGGGAGUUUUCCUCCUCCUGGGGCUCCUCAUCCUCAGGGCAGAGCCAAGCGUGACAUCAGAGGAGAAGGGCGGGGACCCCCCGAAACCAGGAAGGUGCCCACGGGACUUCACGCGCUGCCUGCGCCAGGAGCCCCCGCUCUGUGCCAACGACUCCAGCUGCCCCGCUGGGCUCAAGUGCUGCCCCUGGGAGUGUCGGCUCCGCUGCAUCCCCCCAGCAGAAGAGAAGCCCGGUGCCUGCAGGGCAGCAGCCCCCGAGGGGCUCAUUGCCCCCUGCUCCUUCCCCUGCCUGGAGGACAAGGACUGCCUGGGAAUGCAGAAAUGCUGCCUGCUGGGCUGUGGUUCUGCCUGCCUGGAGCCGGCACCAGGUACGGAUUUGGCAGGGAGAGCUGGGAGCCCUGGCUCAGCACAGGGACUCUGGGCCAUAGACAUCUAUCACCUCCCUGCUUCCCUGACCUCUGGGGCAGCACACACAGCUUCCCCUCACCAGCAGCUCCCGGGAAAACCUGCAGAGGACACCAGCCCUGUCCCAGCCACCCAACGGCCACUGCCACACCAGUGGGGGUGCCUCCAGGACCAGGACUGUCCCCCAUCCCAUGUGUGCUGUCACCAGAUGUGCAGCCAGCGGUGCCCAGCACGUGGUCAAGGGAAGGAUGGAUUCUGCCCAGCCUAUGCUGGGCUGUUCCCCAGUUAUGACUGCAGAGCCUGGUGCUGGCAUGAUGACGAGUGCCCCGGCAAGGAGAAGUGCUGCCUGAGCGGCUGCGACUAUGUCUGCCUGCCCCCGUCCCAAGAAAAACCAGGCAUCUGCCCGCUGGCUGAGGAGGCUCCGCUGGCCACAUCCCCAUGUGGCACCACUUGCAUCCGGGACUGGCAGUGCCCGGGGGCUGAGAAGUGCUGCAGCAGCAGCAGAUGUGGCCCUGUGUGCUUGGCCCCCGAACCAGACAAACCUGGUGAGUGCCCAAAGGUGAGGCCACAGCAGAUUUCUGAACCGUGCUUGGAGAAGGACUCCUGCGCCCACGACAGGGACUGUCCCCGGCAGGAGAAGUGCUGCUUCUCUGGCUGUGCCAUGUGCUGCACCCGCCCUGCCCGAGAGCACCCUGGGGAGUGUCCCCGGCCAGAGCCAUGCUGGGACCCCCGGCGCCGGCGUGGGAGCCAGUGCCUGGAUGACAGUGUCUGCCGGCGAGAGGAGAAGUGCUGCGACACAGGCUGCGGCUGGGAGUGCAUGGCCGUGCCCAGAGAGAGCCAGGACAGCGCUGAUGGCAAGUGCCUGGAGGAGUGCGAGGUCGACUCACAAUGUCCCCGGGGACAGCGGUGCACCAGCAUCGGCUGCGGCCAUGUCUGCAUGGACAUCCCUGGAGAGCGUGACACCGCGGCUGUGCCACGACACGGCGCCGGUGCCGAGCGGUGCACAGAGCAGUGCGAGGCCGACUCACAGUGUCCCUGGGGCCAGAGGUGCACCCGCACCAGCUGUGGCCGCGUCUGCAAGGACACCCCCGGAGGCAGAGGAGGAGCGUGCCCCGUGCCCAGGGGCCGCGGGUCGUGCCUGGACCUGUGCAGCCUUGACGAGGAGUGUCCCUGGGGCCACAAGUGCUGCAGCAACGGCUGCGGCCACGUCUGCACACGGGUGUCCAGUGAUGCUGCGUGA